UUUGGCGCGGCCGGAGAAAUGUUCGCGAGUAUUUUAAAAAUUUCCAAACAAAUGUAAAUUAAUCCCUAAACUAAAGCAUUGUGUUCGUUUUCAAAUCAAGUGUCUUACAAACAUGUAACCGCAGUCAUCUUUGUCCUAUGAAACCCAGUUUAAUCAUUAUUUAAUUGCAAUAACCUUAAAAAGGGUUUGUUUGUAAACAAAAAUGAACAUAAAUCCACCGAAAAAAGUGAGAAAGAUUACUCAAAAACCAAAAUCCGCUCCGAGAAACUACGAAAUUACUAAGCAUUUCAAUCCUGUGAUAGAGUUUAGCAGUAAGUCCGAAAUACCUGAGGUAAACUUGCAACAAAGUAAAGAUGACAUAAAACCAAAGAAUUUUCCUAAAAGAAAACCGCCCGUCCUCAAAACAAUAAUAGCUCCCAAGAUAACGAAAAAGGAGAAAUCCAAAACACCACAGAUUAUCAAUGCAAGGUGUUUAAAACCACAACCUAAGAGCUCUUCUUCAUCGAGUGUUGAUACAAAGCUUGAUAAAUUUAGUGAUAAAGCCAGAUUUAAAUCGAAAUCUUUUUAUUCGAGUCAACCGAGUCCAACUAAAAAAUUGAACAAUUCUAAAACUACCUUAGAUAAAACUUCGUCAAGUUCGAAAACUAGCAGUUUAAAAUCAGCAACAGAUCCUGUUUUGUUGAGAAAUCAACAGCAUGCUAUGCUAUUGAAAAAAGAAAUAGCAAAUCACAAACAGCAAAGUAUAAAUAAGUACAACAAAAACUUAGAAGGGGAUGACACUCACAUUCGUAGUCUUAAAAAUGAAAUUUCUGAGGGAAAAAGUAAAGAUGUAAAUAAUAAACGUGCUUUAAUAACGGAAUUAAAGACAGAACUAGCCGAGUACAAGAGAUUUAAUACUUUUCAAGUGUAUAGUCAGCGUCAGUUAGCGGCUAGUAAAAAUAAAAUUCCAGAAAAGCAGGUUGUUGAAGCAGGAACGAGUGCGGGUAGUAUGAGAAACUUCAAUAUACCAGAGACACCAAGCUGUUGUGUUCCUGAGAGCCUGAAGAAGCCGGGUAAAAAGGAGACGUCAGGUAUAGUUUUCAACGAUGUAUCCUCAUUCGAAUCUUCAAAUGAAAGAGAUUCUUCAACUGACGAAAACAAAAAAGAUUUAUUCAAAUCCAAAUCACACUCAAGAAACCAACUGUUCGAAGACGAUGUAAUAAAAGGUAAAAUUCAGGAAGCCAACGUGUUGAUCAGCAGGGUGAAAAAGGCAUUGGGAAGAAUCAGGACUAUAAAACCGGUAAACGCGGAAGCCAACACCUCGUCCACGACGCCAAACACGAGCAGCAGCACUGACAUAGAAAAUACGAUAAAGAAAUUGAAAAAACAAGCGGACGAAUUGGUGAAAGGAACGGAUAGUAUUAAGCCCCAUCCGGAUUAUACAGAGUCCGAGGAUAAAUUACCUGCGACGCCCUCUACAACAGUCGAGUCCGAAGAGGAGUACCAUAUAGACGUUUGUAUUACUCCAGAUAAACUAAAAAAAACGCCAACUUCUGUAGGAAGAGCCGGGGACUGUGGCAGCGUACCGGACUUCGAAACAAGACCCAGAACUAGAAGAAAUGAAGCAGAAGACGAAUUAAUAGAAGAAUACGGACUAAGUAGGUACCGAAGUGCGCCUGAAGUUGGACAAACCGACAUAACCAGUAGUUUCGAAGUUCUCCAAGAGAAAUUGAGAACGAUCUCUGAGGCUACGGAGAGUGCCACAAGUGGUAUUAGCACACCUAAAAUUCAGCCUAGCGAAGCUUUGCCCGUGAAAAAGCAAUACAAUUGUUGCGGCUGCAAUACAGAUCCACUGGAACAGGCUACGAAAACGGUCCAAGCAUGUCCAAAGACCGCAGAGAUAGGAGUUGGAGUUGGUAUGCCAUGUCAAGGAAAAUGCGAUUUUCAAAUGAAUUUUGGAAGCCACUUAAAAACAUUAUCUCAAUCAACACAGAUGCUCAACUCUGUCGCUCCCAAAGCAAAAUGCUUACAGUCUAAACAUUUCGGAUCACAAACUGUAGCUAUGCCUAAUAAAAAACCGAAAAGCUGUCAAAAGAAAACGCUGCCCGUCCAAGAAAUACCGCCUGCAGAGCAGAAGAAUACUUAUGCAAAAAAUUGUAACAAAAUUGGGCUGAAGGAGGAACAUCAAAAUUGUGUUUGUCUAGAUUCGACGCUAAAGAAACCAAAGAAACCAAACUUAACUGUUCAAAGGUUGCCACCAGUUAUUCUUCAUCCAGCGUUGACCAAAAUGAUGAUCCUGAAUUUUUCCAUAUAUCCACAAGGGAACACGGAGAAUCGCAUGCAAAAUACAGAAAACGUGUGUUUCUUAGAAUUAGACCAUUCGAAACUGAAUAUAUUAGAUUCAAAACAUACUAAAAUUAGUGUCCCUCAGACGCAGAGUAGUGACAAACAGCCGCUUAGCCACAGCGAUUCAAAAUUGUAUUCGAAAUCCAAAGACACCACGAGGAACGAACACGACCCUAUAAGGGAGAUGAUGCUGAGGUCGUUCCUGAUUUACGACAAUCCAAACCGGCAUUUACCCGAUCCUCUGAAUCACACGUCACGAGAAAAACUAUCAGCUAUCGAUGUGAGCGUCUACAAGACCUAUAUUAAUCCUGAAGGGCUUAAGAAACAUCCAAGAGGCAAGAGAAAUGUGGAUGAGUCCAAAACGGUAGAGGAUGAUUAUAGUUAUGGAUUUUUUGGUGCUGCAGACAGCCCUAACAAGUUUUCGAUCUUUAAAGCUGGUCAAUUGGAACCUAGAGCCAAUCAAUCUAAAAUAGGACAAGAAUCUAAAACGUCUCAAAAAGGAGCUUUAACGUAUCAACAAGAACCUGAAAGAUCUCAACAAGAAGCUUUUAAAUAUCAACCCGAACCAGGAACGUAUCAACAAGGAUCUAAAACAUCUCAACAAGAAGCUAAAAUGUAUCAAAAAGAAUCUAAAAUUUAUCAACAAAAAUUUACAAGGUCUCAAGAGGCGCCGGACGCGUACCAACAACGGUCUAAAACGUCUCAACAAGAAGCUAAAAUGUAUCAACCAGAACAAAAAGCUUGUCAACAAGAAUGUAAAAUGUAUCAACAAGAAUUUACAACGUCUCAAGAGGCACCGGACGCGCAUCAGCAACGGUCUAAAACGUCUCAACAAGAAGCUAAAAUGUAUCAACCAGAACCGGAAGCUUAUCAACAAGAAUCUAAAAUGUAUCAACAAGAAUUUAUAAGAUCUCAAGAGGUGCCGGGCGCGUAUCAACAACGGUCUAAAACGUCUCAACAAGAAGCUAAAAUGUAUCAACAAGAAUCUAAAAUUUAUCAACAAAAAUUUACAAGGUACCAAGAGGCACCGAAAGCGCAUCAACAAGGGUCUAAAAUGUCUCAACAAGAAGCUAAAAUGUAUCAACCAGAACAAGAAACUUAUCAACAAGAAUCUAAAAUGUAUCAACAAGAAUUUACAAGGUCUCAAGAGGCACCGGACGCGUAUCAACAACGGUCUAAAACGUCUCAACAAGGUAAAAUGUAUCAACUAGAACCGGAAACAUAUCAACAAGAAUCUACAAGGUCUCAAGAGGCACCGGACGCGUAUCAACAACGGUCUAAAACGUCUCAACAACCUAAAUUUUAUCAAACAGAACCGGAAGCUUAUCAACAAGAAUCUAAAAUUUAUCAACAGGAAUCUACAAGGUCUCAAGAGGUAUCGGACGCGUAUCAACAACGGUCUCAAACGUCUCAACAAGAAGCUAAAAUGUACCAAACAGAACCGGAAGCAUAUCAACAAGAAUCUACAAGGUCUCAAGAGGUACCGGACGCGUAUCAACAACGGUCUAACACGUCUCAACAAGAAGCUAAAAUGUAUCAAACAGAGCCGGAAGCAUAUCAACAAGAAUCUAAAAUUUAUCAACAAGAAUCUACAAGGUCUCAAGAAGCACCAGACGCGUAUCAACAACGGUCUAAAACGUCUCAAGAAGUAAAAAUGCAUCAAACAGAACCGGAAGCUUAUCAACAAGAAUCUAAAAUGUAUCAACAAGAAUCUACAAGUUCUCAAGAGGCACCGGAUGCGUAUCAACAACGGUCUAAAACGUCUCAACAAGCUGAAAUGUAUCAAACAGAACCGGAAGCUUAUCAACAAGAAUCUAAAAUUUAUCAACAAGAAUCUACAAGGUCUCAAGAGGCACCGGAUGCGUAUCAAAAAGGAUCUAAAAGUUCUCAACAAGAAGCUAAAAUGUAUCAACAAGAACCGAAGGCUUCGCGCGUCAAUUUCGACGAAUCGCGAAACAGGAUCGAGGAGGUGGGUAGAGUUAUUUCGGAGCCAAGGGCAUCAGAUGAAAAAAGCCAAUUCUGGAUUGACGAUGCAGCCUUGAGAAUCUCAAUAAUGUUACCUCCAGUCAAACCACUCAGCACUAUAAAAUGCGCUAUUGAGAAUUUACAAGGUCUAAGCUCCGUGGCACACUUACCGAAGGACGAACACGUCACGAGUAUGAGCACAGUGUCUGUGCCUGGAGAAAUAAGCGGUAUGAACACUAGGUUCACGAUAUUGCCUCCCAGAGACCAUACUGCUAGUAGUGUCCAGUUAAUAGUCAAAGAGAGUUCGGGUUUUAUCGCGAAGAUGAUGGACGAUGCCUCGGAUAAGGCCUUGCAAGUGAUUUCGCAAAAGAGCGCUAGCGAACCGACAGUUCAAAAGGCUGUUAGUUAUAAAGAUGAAGAAACAAUACAUUCGACCGGCGAUAUUCUUAAAACUGUACUAAGUAGUAAACCUGUAAGUCUAAGUGUUACGUCAUCUCGAAUUAUCAAAGCUAAAGCGACUCUUACUGAUUCCGUUAAAAACCCUACUGGUUCUGAGUCAAAAAAGACUAUAUCAUCUGAAAUUGUACAGCCUUCUAGGAUAACUGAGAGUGAAGUUCUGUCGCAGAUAUACAGUGAUACCGAUUCUCAAUUCCCCGAAGUAUCUGAACCACUUGUACCCGAACGAGAAGUAUCACAAGAACAGAAGGAAUCUACCGACUAUAUUUCAACACCUUCUGAGAUAACUGUGACCAUAUCUUAUACAGAUUCAAAUGAAAGUGCAAUGGUUGAAAUGGAUAAAAGAUCAAAAGAUAAGAGUGAUACAGACCCGAAAAAGUUCUUACCCGCCACUGUAAGUGUAGGAAAUGAAGGAAAAUUGGGUGCGGGUACUAAAAAAUUAGCUCCAAAAAAUAUGUCGCCGAUCAGUAGAGUGCAAGAAAAACUGAAAACUCUCGACACGUCUCUAUCUGUACCAGUACUGAAUAUACCCCCUUCUAAAGAGUCUGAAGGAACUCUACAAAACUUUAUUAAGGGACUUACAUUAGUAACUACGGAUUCUAAUACGACAGGACAGUCCCAAAAUCUUGAUGUGAAAUCUUCAAAAAAUGACAAGAAUGUCAAUUAUUGCUUUGUUGAAGGACCUAGCUCUCCACCACUGAGUCUACAAUUUAGUCCUCUACAAUUGGCGAAAAAUGGUAGAUAUAAGGACGAGGAAAACUUAUUUGCUCCAACUAUUUCAUUGUUGCCCACCCCAUCUCAGCAAACUUACACCAAGCACGACACUCACAGUAUAAGAGAUAAAGAAAUUCAAAGGUUAAGAUUGUUGGCCAUAGCAAGAAAUCGGUUGAGACGAUUCUCACCAGACACAUCCAACAGUGAUACCAUCACGACCAAUUCACUGUCCGAAGGCGAAAUACGUUGCAAGCACAGCGUGAGCAACGGGGAGCUGCAUUUAUGUAAUACCAGGCCCAUUAAAUCAGUGAGACUGAAAAGAAAUAUUCUAACUAAUAAGUAUGAUUUGCUUUCGAGCAGAAAAUGGAGGCAUUUCGAUUUUUGCGACCCCACAGUAACUAUAGAAGAGAGAAGGAACCAUUUUAACAAUUGGGUUACUUACUAUAUCAAGCAACAGGAACGUAUAAACGAUAGUAGUAAUUCGAGUUAUAGUAAUAAUAAAUAAAUCACGUCACAU